UCAGUUAACGGCUCGUGGAGUGAGUGGGAUGAUUGGCGUUCCUGUAGUGUCACGUGCGGUGGCGGAAAUCGUACACGAUUGAGAACCUGUACCAAUCCUCCACCGGCCAACGGUGGAUUGGACUGCAAAGGGCCAAGCGAUGAAACUGGGAACUGCAAUGCUAAUCCCUGUCCAGGUAAAAUGGUCUUUCUCCUUUCAAUCUGAAGCUGGUGACUUCUGGAAGGUUCUUCUCCAUCAUUUGACAUGUGGUAAUCCUAAGUUUUAUGAGAACGCCAAGAACAAUACGGUGGGUUAUAUCCAGUUUCCUAACAGGUCGGUAAAGCUUUUUCCCAGAUAAAUCUCUACACAUUAGAUAACACGGUUGGUUUCCCUAACCCUUAACCGCUGAGGAGCAAUUUAUUGGAGGACAGCGCGAUAGGACAUUUCAGCAACUCCCCUUCCCUUAGUUGUAACAAUAAAAUAACUAUACAGUCUAACUUUGAAUUUUUGUAGGUUUUCCAGCCAGCUUCUUCUAUUAUAUAUCUCAUCCCUUUUCUAAUGCUAAGAGGCAUUAUAAAAAAUUCAUUUCUUGAAAUAUUUUGUUCCCUUUUCCCCAGUGGACGGUAGCUGGAGUGAAUGGAAAUCCUGGAGUGUGUGUACGAGAUCGUGUGGUGAAGGAACACAAACCAGGUCUCGGACAUGCUCCAAUCCCCGGCCAGCUCACGGUGGGAGGAGAUGUCUUGGAUCACCUGCGGAAAAGCGCUCUUGUAAUACUAAUGGCUGUCCAGGUAAGCUAAGGCCCGUUUCAAAGGUCAUAAAUUAUACAUUAGAAUACAUUUAAAAGUUUGCUAAACCGUUUCUUUACUUUUGUGUUUUGUUUUCGGCAACAGCCGUUCUUUUCGACUGAAUUUUAAAAAUUCGACGUCUGAAACAAAGUCGUGCUAGUGUCUUGCUGCAGUCGAGCUACAGUUGAGCCAGCUUAGCAUGGCAGUAGCACAACGUUUGAAACAGGCCCAAGAGGUUCACAAUGGCGCAAUGUUAGAGAAAGUUGCAUAAAUCCUGGAGACACUUUUAGACCAAAAAUGGUGUUUCCAGACUUCACGCUAUUCAUAACCUUUUCCGUUAUUGGGAGAGGAUUCCAAGAUCGUGUUCAACGCUUGCAACUUUAAACGGGGAAAGGGGGGGAAAUCCCUUUUAUUUGUGAGAGCUUUACUUUUGAGGCCCAUGGAAGUUAGAAAAGACUUACUUAGCAAACCUAACAACUGGUUGUAGCGUAGAUACGGAAGCAAAUUGCUUUAUAUAUAUUACACUUCAUAUACUACUAUCCUCACAUUUUCGAGACUUUCGGAUACCGGACUGCGACACAUGAGCGGACGGGAAGAUGGGAUGAAAGAGAAAAAUAAACGUCUCUCUUCCAUUCUUUUCCAUUCCCGUUUUUCGGGCCUUCUUUUCUCCUUUUCCCAGGUUCAAAGUAGCAUAAAGGGAUCUCCGUAGAGUAAAGGGAGCUCCUUCAAACAUUCACUGUUUUACAGCUAAACAUCGGGCUUACAAGAAGCAAAGCUUAUAACCCAAUAAAACCAGACUACUGAAUUGUUGUCACUUGAAUCACUGCUUUUUUAACUUACAGUAAACGGAAACUGGGGCAGCUGGAGACGAUGGACGGAGUGUACAAAGACUUGCGGAGGCGGAACACAAAGUAUCACCAGAAUCUGUAACAAUCCUCCUCCCUCCAAUGGCGGGAAGGAUUGUAGUGGGGAGAGUGAAAGAACACGAACUUGCAAUACACAGUAUUGUCCAAGUAAGUUGUAGUUUACAUCCGGGACUUCCUUAGCGCCUAAUGUCCGGAGUCAUGUGACUUGACAGUCACUGUGCUGGAGUUGUGUUCGAAAGUGUAGCUUUGAGCUAGAAUAGUGCUUGAGAUUAUUGCCUAAGUGCCCCGUAGAAAUGUUGCACCAGUUGCUCGGUUUUUGAAGGUCCCGGUAACUACUGGCCCCGGAGGCUAUUUUAUGUCAGCUGUGCUUACAUUUAAGAUCAAGUUUUCGACAGAAAGAAACAAAAAGCAGCGUGCGCCGAAAACUACGGUGAUAAGCAAAAGGAAAUGUAAAGUCAUUUCCGGAAAGAAAUAAACCUUCAUUACAGCAGUUUGAUUUUUGUUUCUUCUAAAGCUACGAUGACCAAAACAGAAGAGUGUCUACGAUUAAGUUUUCGAUGGUUUGAGAGAUAAAACCGUUAUAAAUUAUGAGUCAAGGAAACAAAAUGGACUGAUUAGGGGCUAGAAUCUGCAUUAGAAGUCUUAAGAUUUUGUUUUUGAAAAUGGUUUCGGGUCCGAAAAGUUACCAGGAGUUUCGAGAAACGGGCCCCAGGGGAAAGGUGUUGUCUUUGAGUCAAUCAGAUAGUAUUUUCAAUCACCAGUAUCUGCCAGUAUUACUGAGAGACUGAACCGAGAACAGUCAGCCUCUCCACAAUGCCAAGCUUAUUAUUAACGUUUUUUUGGAAAAUCUCUUGAAGAACACAAAGAACUCGAAGACUUCUGUAGCCAGGUUAUCAAACUUAGUAAUUCUAUUUUAUCAACAGUUGAUGGAGGGUGGGGCCCCUGGGUCGAAUGGAGCGUUUGCUCGAGCUCUUGUGGACUGGGCACUCAGACCAGGUUUCGCUUUUGUGACAAUCCCCGCUCGGCCUACGGUGGACGAGCAUGCGCUGGUCCGAGAAUUGACAGACGCAACUGUAACCGUGGAUCAUGCCCAGGUAUUGUGUACUCUUCCAUUACUGCCGACUUUUAAAGCUGACUCCACUUCGGCCAUAUUGAUGUACCUUAAAAAAAAAAAAAAAAACGGCGCCCGUAUUGCUAUACCAAGACACGUGAUAAAGAGCGCAUCACUAUUCCUUGGCUACCACAGGCGAACAUACCUAUAUGUUGCGAGUCCCUUAUUUUGAAAAUGCAACGUACCCCGGCUGCAUCUUAAGAGUUUCACCGGUAAAAGGGAAAGGGAAAUUUCUAUAUCUCGUUUAACUGGAAAUUGUAGCAACUCUUUCAUGAGACCAGGUGCAUUGCUCUUUACAGUUAAUGGUCAGUGGGGUGCCUGGGAAGAAUGGGGUUCCUGUACUGAGUCCUGUAAUGGUGGAGUUCAGAUGCGAAUAAGGAAAUGCAAUAAUCCAUCCCCUGCUAAUGGUGGCAGAGACUGCCGUGGACCAAAGGAACAGACACAGCGCUGCUAUAUUCAGGCCUGCCCAGGUGAAUAAUCAUAUACUUGAACAUCAGUUUCAUGGAUUGGCUUCCUCUCAUAAUAUAAGAGUGAAGAUGCGCACAUAUACCAAUUAGUAUCUAUACGAAAUCGUUUUCUUAAUGUUUUCUUUCAUUUACUUUGUGUUUGCAGUUGAUGGUCAGUGGAAUAGGUGGAACAAUUGGUCUGCCUGUUCCAGGACUUGCGGGAUUGGACAGAAGAGCCGUUCACGAACAUGUACCAACCCACCACCAGCAAAUGGUGGCAAGGACUGUGUGGGAAGCAAAGACGAAACUCGAGAAUGCAGUAACAGAAUUUGCCCAGGUUUGUUAACGUACUUUAAAUUAGGACACGAAGAUCACCAUCUAAACAUUGUAAAGCGUUCAUAGAUAGUAAACCUUUGAUUAAUUCUUUAGUGGAUGGAGAAUGGAGUACCUGGAAGGACUGGGAACCAUGUUCAAAAACGUGUGGGACUGGAACACAACAACGCGUGCGCACAUGUUCAGAACCACGGCCAUCGUUUGGGGGGAAAGAUUGCAUUGGGGUUAAUCGUGAAAUAAGAUCAUGUCAAGAAAUGAACUGUCCAGGUAAAUUUUUUUUCUUCUAUAAAUGUGGAGAGAAAAGAAGACUUUUAAAAAACCAAAUCUGGUAACCCAUUCCUUGCUAAAACCUGUACCAUAUGUGUAAGUAUGCCAUUCCCUGCUAAAAAAUAUUCCAUGAGUAUAAUCUUUCCCUUCUCCUAAAACCAGAAUGAAGUAUUUCAAUUUCAAAUUAGGUUCGUACUUCGAUAUCUUUGAAACCCUUGUACGAAACGUAAUUACAAACAAAAUACACAUUACUUUUGCUUAUAACUCGGUUAACGCUCAGAUUUCCGGUCGUAACCGUUAUCGGUGAAUUCAUGAAUUAAAAUGUAAUUACGACAAUGUUUUGGGCAGUUGAUGGCAAUUGGACCGAAUGGAGGGCCUGGGGACCAUGUUCAAGAACGUGUGGAACUGGAACACAGCAACGUAUGCGCACUUGCACCAAACCAGCACCUGCAUUUGGCGCCUUUUUGACGUCACCUCUGUCAGCACUUUGUUCUAGUACGGUUUGUGCUAAUACAGGUCCAUGUAUAAAAUAAUUAUCCAAAGUAAAAGGAAAAAUAAAAUUUGGCGUCGUCCUAAAGCUCAGUUGGUAGCGCACGUGACUACAGUGCGGGUAUCGUGGGUUUGAUUCCCUGGGCCAGACCAAUAAUCAGGGCCUUAAAAUAACUGGGUAAUACGUUGUAAUCGGUGAGACUUUUCCGUGGCUCGUGGCUCAUUAUGGCAAGAACGACUAUAUUUUAAGAACAACUUAUUCAGUGAGCCAAAAAGGUAUUCACAAUGAAAGCAAGUCAUGUAAACCCAAAGGUUACUCGAUCAAUUGAUGAAAAUGUUUUGGUGUUGAUGUUGUCUAUAGUCUUUUGAAUCCUUCUUUUAAGGACCUCCUCUUUGGUUCUGUAUGGCACUAUCGAGGUGCAAGAAUCUUCUAAAUGGAAGAGAAAUUUAUCAAAUUGCUACAAGUUUCAUAAAGCGGGCAAAAUUUUAAAGUUUACAUCAUCAACUAAUAGUUUUAAGAUUUUUUGUCUUUAACAUAUCUCUCGACAAGGAGUCUCGCAUUUCUAACACAAGAUCAUUCAAGAGAAAAUUCUUCUAAGGAGUACACUUCUCUAAGGGCCGUUUUCUUUAAUCAGCAUCCUCCCUUAAAGAGCUCGCCUUUUUUCUGUUACCAGUUGAUGGUCAGUGGAGUGAGUGGAAGCCGUGGACUGAAUGCACACGAUCUUGUGGCGGUGGAAUACAAACGCGAGCUCGCGCGUGUAAUAAUCCCAGCACCGCCUAUGGAGGAAGUGAUUGCGUCGGUCGCGCAGAUGAGGCUAGGCCUUGCAACAGUGACCUCUGCCCAGGUAGAGUCACAUUUUAAAGAUAAAUUUCUAAUUUUUUAAAACAUGAAAGUAUUAUAUCAUAUUGAGAUAUCCAAACAGUUUCGAAACCUGAAACACCAACUCUUGGCCAGGGACACCUCAGCUAACUCCUGAAUGAUCAGUUGACUAUUAUCUAUUAUUAAAAACUGAAUCAUUGGAUGGUGCAACUCUAGAGCUCUAGUUGGAUUAUCCAUCAUGGUAUAUAAGCCAUUAUGUCAUGCUCUCAAAAUAUGGUAACUGUAGGCGUCUGCUCAAAAAUGAAAGCAACAAGCUGAAAUCGGUUGUUUUUACAAAUAAAGUCAGGAAGGAAUUCUCGAUAUUUUGUGGGCGUUUUUAAUGAGUUGUAUUCCCCUCGCGCUUGUUGGAUAGAGAUGAUUAAAGCCAACCGGGCGCAACGCACCUCGUUGGCUACCUACCAUCUCAGAUCCAACGCGCACUCGUGGACUAAUUGUUAAUUACAAGUUGAUAGAAGUUUAAGGGAAAGUUUCAUUGCAUACACAUGCUACUGGAAAACUGGAAUAAUUUCAUCCUCGUAAGGUGAUCAUUUGUCUAAGACUAAUAGUCCAUGCCGAAUUUUUUUGUUUGUCUGCAACUUUACACGUCCUCCUGAUUAAUUCUGCCUUACUAAGAGCUUGUUUCCUGAUCUUUUACCAGUUGAUGGCCAGUGGAGUGAAUGGAAGCCGUGGACUGAAUGCACGCGAUCUUGUGGAGGUGGAAUACAAACACGUGCUCGCACGUGCACUAAUCCCCGCCCAGCUCAUGGAGGAAAAAAAUGUAUCGGUCGCCAAGAGGAGGCCAAGCCAUGUAACAGCGAUUAUUGUCCAGGUGUAUUUCGUUAAGAUAAAAUCCUUAGUAUUGAAAGGAAUGGUAUUUUUCUGUAAUUAUUCGGUAAGUUUCACCACAAAUACUACUCACGACUACACUCUCCCGGAUAAUCACGUCAGUUCAACAUACCGUAACUUAUGGCGUAACUUUCAGUUUAAAACUGUUUUGUGUCUUUUAAGAAAGUCAAGGAUUGAAUAACCAUCUUCUUAUAACUUGAGAGGGACUUGCAUUAAUCCCACUGAAAUCAGGGUUUACUAAGCAAUGUGCUCAGAAUUAAAGCUGAAUCUGUGAUUUGAAACGAGCUGUGCGCCGCAACUUGUUGAUGAUAUACACCACUUCCACAUUUCCCACAAUGCACCUUAUCCCCCCUCCCGCCAAAUUUUGCAUAACCUUUGUUUUUCACUUCUCCUGGGUAUUACAGCCGUCCCAAGAGAAAUUGGAAACAAUGUUUAAGCAAAAUUUUGGAGGGCAAAUAAGGUGCAUUAUGGGAAAUGUGGAAAUGGCGAAUUCCCAUGUAACUUAUAAUCGUAUUGUCUUUUAUUCAGUUGAUGGGAAGUGGUCGGAGUGGAGAGACUGGGGGGAAUGUUCAAGAUCAUGUGGCGGUGGGUUCCAUACUCGUUCCAGAACUUGCACUGAACCUCCACCAAGGCAUGGCGGGAAGGAUUGUUCUGGAAAACCCGAAGAAACUCGUCCUUGUAACACUCAGUCUUGUCCAGGUACUACAUGUUAAUUAAUCAGUAACGGUAAAUGCAAUACCUACAGUGACAAUUAUAGCGGAAAAUAAAAACUGAGAACUGAAUGGUUACUUUUGCGAUGUUUAAAGAUCCCUCUGUCAAGAAGACAAAUUGCCGAGAUUUGAGAGGUAAUGGAUUGCGAGAUUCGUGAUCGGGAUAAUGAGUAGGAAGCGAAAUUUGGUGCUGAUGCAGGUUGCGGGAUUUGUUUUAAAAACCAAGAUCCGUUAUUACAUUGACAAAGCUGCAGUGCAAUAAACGUUGACAAAGAACCUUCUAAUCUCGUCUUUAAAAAAGCAAUUAACGAUUGUCUGGAACACACCAUGCGGCUAAUUUGAACUUCUACUUAUGUUAUAGUCUAAGACUAUAUCUGCCUCUCAUGGCGUACCGUCGUAGGGGACAUCUCGAAAGAGGAUGUCAGCAGUAUGGAAUUUUGCGACCAAAGCGCAUAGGUCUCUCUCGCUAAAAUUUCCAACCUCGGGUGCGAUGAAAAGCGGCGGUAUUGGAAGGCUACUUAUUUCCCCUCCCCACAAAUUUCAAAGCGAGAAAGCUUCGUUUAUAAGGGCUUAUCAAUUGCCUAUUGCUUACUAGUACUAUUUCAUCAAACAGUCGAUGGACAGUGGAGCAGCUGGAACAAAUGGACGACCUGCUCAAAAACAUGCGGCAAAGGAGAACAAAUGAGAACUCGCAACUGCACAAAUCCAGUACCACGUCACGGGGGAAAGCAAUGUACUGGGCAUGCUCAGCAGAAACAAGAUUGCAAUGACAUUUCAUGCGCAGGUAAUUUGUCGUAAAGGUAAAGGUAGGAGGUCUUUAUUAUCAUGACAUCGGUAGCUCGAAAUAGUCAUUGUCUGGGUAGCAAACCUUCACUUUACGUUUAUCGUUUAUCUGUAAUUAAUGUUGUUGAUUUUAGACUAUAAUUGACUUAAUGUUUUCCUUACACCUUCAGAAUGUUCCCAAAUCGCUGACAUUGCCUUUCUUGUGGACGCGUCGGAAAGCAUGACAAAAAAGAACUUUGAAAAACAAAAAGAAGUCAUAAAAAAGAUCGCCGCCUCAUUCGACGUUGGACCAACUAAAUCUCACCUCGGUAUCGUUACAUUCAGUAGUAAUGCUCAAGUGCGAGUCAGGUUUGGAGACAAUUUGGACCUGCGUAGCUUUCAAGAUACGGUGGACAAACUGCCGUUCGCCGAUGGUGGCACCCGUUUUGACAAGGCGUUUAAAGUAGCGGCAAACAACCUUUUUACGCUCAGUGGAGGAGUUCGCGUUGAUCUGCCCAAAGUACUGAUCAUUUUAACGGAUGGAAAGCAAAGCGCAGAUUACGACGCAGUGCCAGUGGAGAGAUCCGUUUUGCAGUUGCGCCAUCUUGGCGUUCGGUUGUUCGUUUUGGCGGUUGGAAAUCAGAUUGAUAUGAACGAACUGCAGCAGAUCGUUUCUGACCCCAAAGACAUUUACGCGGUGAAAGAUUUUAACACCCUAUUAGAGAACGCGAAGAUAGCUAGUAAACAGACCUGUGAUAUCAUCAAGAGACCAGGUAAUUUGCAAAACAUUGAGGGAAAGAGUUUGCAAUGCUAGAGUAGAUGCAGUCAUAAGUCAUGCAGUGGUUUUACAAAGGUCCUUGGAUUCUUGUAAGCUCAUUUAACACACCCUUUAGCUUUGUGAGCUUCAAGUUCAAGUUUCAGGUUUAUUUACGAAAUAAUACAAAUUAUGAAAAACAGCACUAGCCCACAAAAAAGCUGAGGCUAAUCUUGACGGUUAGUGAUACUAAAAAAGAAGGGUACUUAUAAAAAAUAAACAAGACCAUCAAAAUUGCCCAAAAUCGUAUCAGUAGAGGUUGAGAAAACGUGGGGUGCUGGAGGGCGCCAGAACGUCUUUGUUGGCCAAGUCUAUCUACUAGAGCGUGCUGUGGAAACCUUUCUGAGCUCCUGAAAAGUCGGAUGUUGAUUAAAGAUUAUAAUGGCAGGGUAAAAAAAUCUGUUUUUCAAGGACGUUCACUAGUAGUUCUUAAAUCUUUUAAUACCGAGUGAACUAAAAUCGGUUGUUAAGUCAGAUGACAUGCAUGUUCGAAGCAACCAGCUGCAACCAGCAUCUAAAAUAAUAAUUUUCGAGGAAAGGAACAUUAUUAUAGUAUUCAACAGCUUUACUUUUAUGUUUACCUUCUAGAGCUCUUGUGUUUCGGAAAAGCUGACAUUGCUUUCUUUAUGGACGCUUCUGAAAGUAUGACAAAGGAGGACUUCGAAAAGCAAAAGAGCUUUGUGAUAAAAGUCGCCGAGUCUUUCUACAUGGCUCCUCAUAUGACACAGUUUUCUCUCGUCACAUACAGUAGCAAUGCUAAUUUGCAUUUUCGCUUCAGGGAUCAAUUGAACCUGGACUCUUUUAAAACAGGGAUUAAGAAACUUCCCUUUGCUGCUGGCGGAACACGGUUUGACAAGGUGAGGUACUGUAAAUAUUUUGUUUCAUCCACGAGCAAAUAUAUCGAGGAGUAGUCACUGAUCAAUGUGAGGGGUAGAGUUUUUACAAUCGUUAUGAAAAAUUUGGUUAGUAGAUCGUAAGGCCUUGUGCGCCACUAGACACAGACCAGGUCCUACCUAGGCUUCACUUGUUUGUUCCUAGUAGAAUAGCGCUAUAAAUUACUAUCCAUUUUAUAAGUGUUAGGGAAACCAGUAGUCCACUCUAGCGAAUAAAAGGUGGGUAGCACUGUACUCAUUUCGAAUUAUCUGUUUUAUUCCUCUUGCACUGUCUGCUCCGCAUAGAAACUCACUUGUAGUCGUCAACGUUCCCCCUUGCCCCUCUUCCACUCCGUACUUUCAUGUUCCUUUUUCCCUAACCUCGGAUAGAUUGCCGGGAAGCCGGCAUAGAAUUUACCAGACAGGCACUAGUAUGACCAUAUUAUGGCUUUCAUUUCGCAGGUGCUCAAGCUAGCCACGGAGGAUGUUUUCACGGCUCGAAGCGGCGCGCGUGUUGGCGUUCCAAAAGUGAUGGUCAUCCUAACAGAUGGACAGCAGAGUAAUGAUAACGAUGCCGUGCCCAUUCAAGACGCCAUGGUACCUCUGAAGCAACUUUCCGUUCAGGUCCAAGUCGUGGCCAUAGGGAGCCAAGUGAACCACGUAGAACUGCGAAAGUUUGUUGGAAACGAGCAGGAUAUUCUCAGUGUUCAAGACUUCAACAUCUUGUUUAAUUACUCACGACAAGCGGCCGUUAAAACAUGCAACAUCACAUCGCGGCCACCUCCAGGUAAAACUAGGGAGCUUAAACAACGACGACAGCGACGGCAAUGAAAACGGCAAAAAAGCAAUAGGUUUGGAUUGGCAAAACAACAACUUUGCACGUGCAUCACGCCGCCUUUGUUGUGCAUUUCUUUGCCGUCGUGAAACUGCCUAAUUUCACGUUUGGUGGAGGACGUGAACACAAGAAAACAACCCUCUCUUUCUUUUUGUGAACUUUAAUACAAUCUUUUAGAAUUCAACUCCAGAAAAAUAAGCCAACAUCUUAUCAAUAGAACGAGGUGCAAUUAGCGCGAACACGCUUUUUAACUGACGUUUUCGUAGCCGUUGUCGUCGUUGUUGGUUACUGCUUACUUACUUGCUUACUUUGAGAGAGAAGCGACAGUGACAGUAAUAUCAAGUGAAUGUAAAUUCUCUUGAAUGAAACAUUUAUGAAAUCCUUUAUUCAUAUACCUCUCUGAGGUUGUCUCUCCCAUAUGGUCUAGCGGUUAGGAUUCCUGAUUUUCUCCCAGGCGGCCCGGGUUCCACUCCCGGUAUGAGAACGUCGAAAUUUAUUUUGCAAGGAAAGGUUUUUCCUUCUUUUGAGGUUAAUCGACUGGAAUUUUACUUUUUUAGGCGGUGAAAAACGUCACUAGGGCUUUAUUGCACAAAGAUGAGAAUUUUAUUUGUUAUGAUCUGUGAUUUAUUCACAUCAGAGUUGCCAUGGAAACGAAAUUACUCCAUUGCGUUGUCUACUUACCUUGGUAUUUCUCGGUAACGAGAUAUUUUUGAAAAUCGUAUAAAGAAGCUUGUAUCUCUUAUUGCUGCCUCAGUGGACCUCUUUAGCUUGUACUUUUGGUUUUCCCAAUGAAGGCCUCAGAGGAGCUUGCCCCUUUGUCUUUUCAGAAAUUAUGCUUGCUUAUGCACGUGAAUAAGAUGAAAUUUGAAGAAAGAGUUCUGCAAUGUAUGACACAUAUGACAUGAUAAACGUGACCUGCAUUGGUAAAGCAAAACAUGCUAAAGAAGUCUACAAUGGCAAAGCUUGAACAAAAUCUGUGAGAUUAUUUUGGAAAUAUUUCCCGUUUUCGUCAUCUCUCCCAUAUGGUCUAGCGGUUAGGAUUCCUGGUUUUCACCCAGGCGGCCCGGGUUCGACUCCCGGUAUGGGAACGGCAUGUUUUUUGCAGGGAAUAGUUUUUCCUUAAAUUAACUUUUAUAAUUUUUGUAUUUAACUAGCGAACUUAAACCAAAUGUGACACUUGCUAAUUAUCAUGUAUAGUGUUAGUCCGGAAACGUUUUGACUGAGCUUUUUAUAUCAGUUAAAUGGAACAAAGUUGGCGAUUUUAUUUUAAAUUUGCUAAUGCAUUGACAAGCUCACUUGGCAAACGUCUAUAACGUUAGAUUUCCUUACUUCUUUUCCUCCUCUGCAGUUAUGAAGUGUCCUGAACGAGCUGACCUUGCCUUUAUCGUUGACACAUCUGGCAGUAUCACUGAUGAAAACUUCAAAAAACAGAAGGACUUCGUUAAAGCUAUCGCGUCUUCAUUCGACCCCUCCAUCACCAAUCAUCAACUCGGACUUAUUUCGUACAGCACAAAUGCUCGGAUGGAGGUCAGCUUUAAAGAUAAUACCAAACUAGAAGAAUUUGAGAAAGCCGUUGAUAGUAUGCUGCAUAUAAAAGGUCGUACUCGAUUGGACAAUGCGCUAAAGCUUGCUACUUCUCAGCUAUUCAAUCCCAACGAAGAAAUUAACUCUGGUCAACGGAAAAGUGUGAUCAUUCUCACGGAUGGCAGGCAGAGCCAGGAUCCAGGUACUGUCCCACUGCAAGACGCUGUGCGUCCCUUGAGGCAGCUGGGUGUACGGAUUUACGUUGUAGCCGUCAGCAGUGAGUUGGACCUGGAAGAACUAUAUCAAUUGACAGAGAAGAAGGAUGAUGUUUUCACCGCGAGUUACUUUGAUGACUUAGCAAAAAUGGCCAACGACGUUGCUCGGGAGACUUGUCGCCUUGCGGCUCCAAUAAAAGGUAGGUAAUAAAAAGAAAAAGUGAUAUUACAACAAGUUUGGUUCAGGCCAGGAAUAAUCAAACACCGACCGAAUGGUAUAAUAUUCGCACUGCAUACCCAUUGUCCCUUCACGGAGAAACAAGUAGUGGGAAAGACCCGCUACUGCCAGGAAAAUAGGCAUGCCGAAUAAUGAGGGUAUGCGGUGUAAACCGCCACAAGGGAAGGAGGGAGGGCCGGAACUUUGAGGUCACCUCCACUGAACUCCUUUGAACUGGCCAAGAGGCGGGCAAAAGGCUCGGAAUUCAUCAUGCCAAUAACGCGCAGACCCAACACGAUGGAGUUUAACGAGUUUCUUAUUUCCCGCGUCUCGAACCAAUUAUGUAUGCCGUGAGAAUAGUAUCUCUGUCCUGAAUUGCUGAAGUAUUUGGUAUUCUACUUUUCAAUACAAGGUAGCUAAGCAGAGGCGUUUUUGAGAGAUGCACGUCAACCGGAAGUAAGGCCUGAACCCCUCUAAUAUACCUUGAAGUUACCAAAUUUGUACUGCUAAUUGCCUUAACCCUUAUAUUUUUGGGGAUGACGAGUAAUUUGGGCAAAAAUGAAGCUAAAGAGUGCAAAACACUCACUUCCGUUUCACGUGCGUCGCUCAAAAACUUUUAAAGGUUUUUACGCUGCUUAAGCUGCCUACAGUCGGACCUUCGAUGACGAAAAUCUCCCGUAGGCCAACUUGUACCCAAAGCUGGAACUGGUCUGCCAGACCAUUCAUCUCGCAAACGAAAUAAGCCUUUUUCAGCUUUUAAGCUAACAAUCCCACUCUGCUGUGUUUAUUUUUUAGAAAUAGACCACUAUUGCUAGACAUAUCCGAUUAACAGCGGAUUUCCUAGGGCUGGUCAGGCCGGUUACUUCUGAUUGAUUUUAAGUGCCCUUAGUCGCGGACCGAGUGAUAUACAGACAAUGCAGCUUUAAACUCCCUUACCAAGUGGAAACCUCUCCUGAGCAGACUUUUCCUAGUCGGGAGAUUUGCCACAGAAAUGAUUACAAGAGUAGUGACUUUACGUACCUUUGGCUGGGAUGGGGAGCAACCCGGCAAAAGUUUUGAUCUUGUUAUGAAUUUUUGUCUUUGCAGUGACCAAGUGUUCAAAGCAAGCCGACCUCGCCUUCGUUGUGGAUACAUCUGGUAGUAUCAGUAACGAAAACUUUAGAAAGCAGAAAGACUUCGUUAAAGCUCUCGCAUCUGCGUUCGACCCUUCUGCAACGAAACAUCAACUGGGUCUAAUAUCGUACAGCACCAAUGCUCAGAUAGAGUUCAGCUUUAAAGAUUCAGCUGAUCUAGCGAAAUUCAAAAACGUUGUCGAUCGUAUGACACACACAAAAGGACGAACACGUCUGGACAAAGCACUAAAGCUUGCCUCUUUUCAGCUAUUCACUGACAAUGGAGGAGUCAAUUCUGGGAAGCAGAAAACGAUGGUUAUCCUCACUGAUGGCAGGCAGAGCCAAGAUCCAGGUUCCGUACCUCUAAAAGACGCUGUGCGUCCCUUGAAGCAACAGGGUGUUCGCAUUUACGUUGUGGCCGUCAGCAGUGAGUUGGACCUAAAAGAACUUUAUGAGCUGACAGAGAAAGAAGAGGAUGUCUUCACCGUGAUUGACUUUGAUGACUUGGCGAAAAUGGCGAACGACACUGCGCAGAAGAUUUGUCACGUUUCAUCUUCUUUGCAAGGUAUAGAUAAUGACAUAGAAAAUGAUAAUUCUACACUAAGUUAGGAUGGUGCCGGAAUUUCGAAAGAGAAUAGUUCAUUUAGAACAUUGCAAUACUUAGGUUAUAUCAAAGGGGGUGAAAAGUGUUUAUAUGCAAGAUCAGUUUAAAAUUCUUUCUAACUUGACCUUUACGAGUGUUCUAAUUCAGGUAAGCAAAUGUGCUAAAGAAAUGGAAGGAACUGGUAUUGAAUGUAGUGUUCAAUUUGUUUGAGAAUAUAACUAUGUCUUCGAAAAUGUAUAGGCCCUGAUACGUCUUAGUUGCUGUUUCGCAAGUUACUUUAUGUACAGCCAUUCUGCCAAGAUAUGAAACUUUUUGGUCGCGAGCUUGAAUUAAGGCUACGUUGGAGUUGCUUUUUCUUUAAACGUUUUUAUGUUUAUUUGCUUGUGUCUUUCAGUCCAGUGCAAGGAAGAAAGCAUCAACUUAGGAUUUGUCAUGGGCAUGUCGAGCAGCAUCACUGUUAAAAACUACGAAAAGCAACGAAAUUUUGUCAAGAACGUGGCAGAUACAUUUUCAAUCUCCAUGGGAAAAACCGAAACCGGUGUCGUUACAUACAACGAAGAGGCAAGCCUGUGGAUUCGGUUUGGACAACAUAAGAACAAUGAAGAAUUUAAAACUGCAGUCGACAAGAUACCCUACUGGGGUGGACAAACGCGCAUAGAAAGGGGACUCAAAAUGGCAGCUGAUGGUCUUUUUGGAGCCAUCAAACAAGAACGUGCCAAUUUAUCCAAGAUACUUAUCGUGCUCACAAAUGGCGAUCAAUCCUCAGAUCCUAAGGCUACUUCACUAGACCAGGCUGUUUUGCCGUUGUUAAAGCUCGGGGUCAGGUUGUUAGCUGUUGGUAUUGGAAGUGAUGUUUCCCGAGAUGAGCUAAGGUUAAUCGUCGAAAAGGACGAGGAUAUUUUUACUGUGGAUAAUUUUGACGAACUUUUGGCGAAAUCUAAUCAAAUUGCCAGAGCUGCCUGUGUAGAUGCUCCACCUUCUACACGUAAGUAAAAGUGCCUGCUUGCAGAGGUCCCUUAUUUCCUUUGCUUACACUUAAUAGGGACCUGCUAUAAGCAGGCUGAAUUCCAUGCAUUUUACUCUGUAAUGAAACCUGUAGCUAGUAGGCAGUCACCUUACUGACCAUCUGACCAUAUUACACAGGUUGACCGUCUAAUGCAAGUUUGACUGACUUAAAUAUAAAUUUAAGAGAAGUUGACCACAAGAAUUAUUAUCAAUCGAAAGGUGAAUGAACAAAUUACGGGCAACACAAAUGUAUUUUGUGCAUUACGAUCAAAGCUCCUGUGAUCGGACACCAAUGUGAAGAUUGUCUGUGAGCAGAGUUUUUCCAGCUUUUAGCAUUUACGAAGUCGUUCGCCUCGCUUGUCAGUGGCUUAGCUGUAAAUGCUGAAGGCCAUGCUGUAAAGAAACCUCUGCUUGCAGGAUAAAAAUUGUCCCAAUUAGGAGCUGACCGCUUAUGGGAAAGGUGUUUGUAGCGUAAGAGUUAAAAUGGGGUUCUCCUAAAAAGAAUGAGAGCCACCCACUUAAGAGAAGUCUUCAAAAGAGCUUGGAUUGUAGUACAAUUAUAAAGAUUCGCCCAUUCGCCUCGGCUGAGGUAACUGUUUGAUUUUGCAAUUUCAUUCUGUCCUCAUCGUGACUCUUAUUAGAUAACGUUAAAGAAAUCAUCACCAAAAUAUUAUGAAAUCAUUCUGACCUGCGUAUCCUCUGACAUUUUCAUUCUCUGAUUAUCUGUGGAUAUAUAUUACUCGCCCGUGGAAAGGUUUAUUCUGCACCAGUUAAAAGUUAGAAAAAAUGAAAAAGGAUAAAAAUGACCAAAAAGGAAAGAUGGAAGCAAACGUUUACUUGUGUUGUUCUUUCCUAAAUUUACAGUUUCGUUCCAAGGUGCUGCUGGUAGGCAGAAAUCAUGUUUCAAAAAUGUAGACAUCGGAUUCGUUAUUGAUUCUUCAGACAGCGCCACUGUACAGGAAUACCAGCAACAAAAAGAACUUAUUCAACAGCUCUCCUCCUACUACGACAUUUCUAGAGAGGACACAAGAGUCGGAGUCAUCUUAUACAGUGAUAACGCUUACACCAUCGUCGGUCUUAACAGCUACAGGGAUUCGUCCAUAUUCCAGCGCGCCGUGAGCGCUCUUCCACGAAUCGGUGGGGACAACCGAAAAGACAAGGCUCUAAUAGCAGCUAGAAGGAUGUUCAAGGCAAAAAGGCCGCCAGGACACGCAGGAUCUGAAAAGCCGUCACAAGUGUUAGUUUUUAUCACCGAAGGUGCGCAGUCCACUGCUGCAAAUACCCUUCCUCUUGAGCACUUUGUUCAUCCACUUAGGAAGCAUGGUGUUCGGGUUGUGUUGGUGGGGAUUGGUUGGAAAGUGGUGUAUCAGGAACUGCGUAAUAUUGCACAACGUCCCAGUGAUAUUUAUCUGACUUCCUCACUGGCUGACGCCGACAAAGUGUCACGUGACCUGAUAGAGAUUAUUUGCAGGGUAAGUUCAAAUUUUUACCUCACUCAAAUUGAGUGA